AUGGAGAAGAAAGUCGAUUUAGAAGAAUUGUUCACUAAAUUCAUAGCCGUGUCCGAAAAGAGACACAACAAUCACGAUGCUGCAAUACACGAGACCAGAAACAUGCUAAAGAAUCAACAGGCAUCCAUUCUCAACAUUGAGAAACAUCUAGGACAGCUUGCACACCAAGUGAACGAAAGAAGACCGGGUCAACUUCCAAAGACGAUGCUCACAACACCCAAGUACUUCAACUUACUAAAAAGUCUCUUUGCUGCUAGGAAAGACUUGGCUGAAGAAGCGGAAAUAAUAUUGAGUGACCUACCCGAAAAGAAGGGCGAUCCGGGGAGUAUUAUAAUUCCGUGCCAGUUUGGAAAUACAUUUGUCACUCAAGCGUUGACCGACUCAGGUGCAAGCAUCAAUCUGAUGCCUUUCUCCUUUUUUAAGAAGCUGAAUUUACCGGAGCCGAGACCGGUAAACAUGAAGAUCCAUUUGGCAGACAAGACAACAAUUCAUCCACGAGGCGUUUGUGAGGAUCUUCUCAUUAAAGUCAACAAGUUCAUUUUUCCAAAAGACUUUGUGGUGGUUGACAUGGAAGAAGACCCGAAAAUUCUAAUUAUUUUGGAAAGAUCAUUUUUAAACACCUCAUGUGCUUUAAUUGAUGUAUGUGAGUCUACACUAACGUUGAGGGUAGGUGACGAGUCCGCAAUGUUUAGAGCCGUACCAGAAGCCAAGCAAGAAGAGGAAAGAAAAGAAGAGAUCUCAUUUAUCCAUUUGGAUGAUGAGAUACUACAAAAAGAACUUGAACUCUUGCAAGAAGAAGAUCCAAGCAAGUUUUUGCUACAUUUUGGAAAGGAUGGAGAUGUUAACAAGGACUUGGAGGAGAUAGAAAAGCUACUGGGAGGAGCUUACUCGGAAAACACAGAGGAAAUAGUGGAAAACGAUCCGACUCGCCGAGUCACUCUCCUGGACUCAACGAGUCCAGUCGAUCACCAACAACUUGGACGACUUAGAUCUGCUUGUUGCUAG